AUGAAAAGACUAGAAAAACGAAACAGGAGGCUAGAACGGAGAAACCGCAGGCUGAAACGUAAAGCAAAGAAGAAGGAUACAGUGGAUCUCUUUCCCAAGGGAAGCAGUGGCGUCCUCAACCAGGAGGAUAGCCCGUCCGAGGGGUCAUCAUACGUUGAUCCCAAGCACAGGCGAGACAAGAAUAGAAUCGUCGAAGUCAAAACCAACUGUGAGGCCGAGAAUCUCGCUAAUCCCAAGCGAGGUGAGACCUCGAAGUCAACUCGUUCUAAGAUUGUAUCAUAUACUGAACAAUCGGACGAGGACUCAGAGAGAUCAAGGUAUCGCAACCAUGAACUCUCUUUCUUGCCUGAGAAGGCUCAGGGAAGAAAGAAGAAGGCCGCAACAAGGCGAAACGAUGAUCAGUUGCAGGCCCGACUCAGUAGGCUCGAGGCAAUGUACAAAGAAGCCAUAGGAAAGCUAGAAAGCAAAAAGUUGUCAGAGGUCAUGCAAGAAGCGGGACAAUCCCCCUUGUCUGAUAACCUAUUGAGAUUUCCAUUUCCAAGGAAGUGCUCCCUACCGACGUUCACAGCCCCGUUCACCGGAACUGGAGACGCGAUAGAGCAUCUAAGGAUGUAUCGCAUGACACUAACCCAAUGGGAUCAUUACGACGUAGUGUUGUGUAAAUUUUUUCCGGCUAGUCUGAGAGACGAAGCCCUGAUGUGGUUCAAAAACUUUCCUAAAGGCUCGGUUAAGUCAUUUUCCCACCUAUCUGAGUUGUUUCUAGAAACAUAUAUUCACAAUAACAGAUUCCGACCCGAAGUUGACGUGUUAUUCCAAAUAUCUCGAGGACCAAACGAGUCACUCCGAUCCCUGGUAACACGAUGGAGAAAACUAUGUGCCGAGAUUGGAAAAGUCCUCGAAGCUUACGCAAUCUUGGGCUUCAAAAAUAGUCUUAGGAAGACAGAUCCUAUAUUCGUACGCAUGUACGAAACCAUGCCAAAGAAUUUGGGGAAACUAAGAGAAAUCCAGGAGGACUACAUAGCCCUGGAAGAACUUCAAGACGGUACUUACGAUAAUUCGGUGAAAGGAACAAGUAGAGAGGCAAAUGUGGUAGAACCACAAAAACCUCAUAUGCCAUGCCAAGGAGCGGGGCGAUCCAACAACGGAUCAACUCAGUUUGAUAAACAUCGGAAUAGGGGAUGGAAAGGGCGAGGCCAGGCCCAACAAAAGAAGGAAAAGUUCGUAAACCCCGUCUACACGAAACUGAAUACUCCCAUAUCCGAGAUCCUCAAACAGAUUGACAGAAAGCAUAAAAUCACUUAUCCAUGGAACAAAGCCCCCACAUCUGGAGGAAAUAUUACAGGAAGAAUUCACAAGCUAAACUUCAAAGGUGAUGAAGUUUUCAGCGUAGCUAAAGAACCUCCGAUCGAGGAGUGGCUGAGAAUACCUAUCAGCUUCUCGGCCUCGGAGGCACCUGAUGGAGGAAGAAGCCACAACGACCCACUAGUGUUCACGAUGGCCAUUACACUUCCCGAGAAUGAAGGCGAAGAAGAGAGACCAAAGGCAUUUCCUUGGGCAAUGCCAAAAAUCCUAAUUGACGGAGGUAGUUCUGCUGAGAUCCUGUUUUACGAUACGUUCAAACAGAUGGGUUUUAGGGAUGAUUGUCUAAUACCAUCUACCUACAACAUAUUUGGCUCCAACGACUCAUUGACUCGCCCAAGGGGCGAGGUAACAUUAGAAAUUCGGGUGGGAAAAAUCCUCACCUUAACUACUUUCUGUGUAGUGGAUGUACUAUCACCCUACACAGCUAUCGUCGGGCGAUCUUGGGUCCAUGGGAUCAAAGGAGUACCCUCGACCUACCAUCAAAGGCUAAGACUCCCCACGCCAGAUGGAGUCGCAGAAAUUAUUGGAGACUCUGGAGAAGCAAAAUACUGCUACAAUAUGGACGUACAGAACGGUGAAAACAAGGUAAACUCUCCAAAGGCGCAGGAAAAAGGGGCAAGAAAUGCCAAUAAUCUAGCUGAAGUCCACGACUACAUAACAAUAACUACUGAUCCAAAACGCUCGAGUGACGUCCCAUCCUCGUGUGGCACAGUAACUUCGGGGUCGCUUACAGGGUCGUUAUAG